AUGAGUCUAGCACAAGGAAAUAUUGAAGAUAUUUUUCAAGAAUUUCAUGAUGAUUUUGAUACAGAUGACGAAACAAAUAUUCAAUUUGAUAAGAGACGUAGGCGAUUUGUGAAAGAAUAUGACGAUGAUAUAUUUGACAUUGAGCAAUGUCUAGAGGUAGAUCAGAUUUUACUUGGUUUAACAGUUGGUGAACAAGAAAAACAACAAUAUUUAUCUGGAAAGUUAAGCCACCUAUCGGCUACACAUCAAAAAUCCGAAAGUACUACUCGAGCAGCCAAUGUACUAUCGCGAAUAAAAACAGAUAACGUCGUCAUCUCCAGUCAAUUGAUACCAAAAUAUUUAUCACAUGAAAGUAAAGAAUUCGAUCGGAUGAUCCUCGGUCUCCGUCAACAAACUGGCACUAUUAUUUAUACGGAAGAAUUACGAGCUAUUGCAUUUCUCAUUAAUCAACUUCAACGUAUUAAAUUAGAAAAACAUCUUUAUACGACAUAUUGA